AUGUACAAGCUCACCCUCGCUGCUCUCUCCGCCCUUGCCCUCGCUGGCGCUAUCACCGUCGAAUCACCCGAUGACGAUACCGUAUGGCAAUCUGGUACUUCCUCGCAGACUAUCUCUUGGAAAGCUGUUUCCACUGAUCCGGAUAGCUUUGUCGUUCAGCUUGUCAACCAGGCAGGAUACCUUUCCGACUCACCCGUCACUCUGAUCUCAGACCAAGCUACCGGAUCAAGUGACAUCGUCAACACCGCUACAGUCACUUAUCCAAACGGUAACUGGCCAGAGGGUGUUGCAUUCCAAAUCAACUUUGUCACUUCCGAAAAGAGCAAUUCAGCUAUCUUGGCUCAAUCGAAACAGUUCAACAUCACUUCCGGUGGUUCAUCAUCUUCAUCUUCAUCUUCCUCCAGCUCUUCGAGCUCUAGCUCCAGCACUGCUACAUCUACAAGUACUAGAACUAGCCCUACUACCCUCACUCAGACCUCGUCGGCUGUUACGGUGACUAGUACGGAUGCUUCGACUACUGGAAAUAUCCCUAACUCUUCCAACUCUACUACCACUGCCAACUCAGGUGCUUCCCCAGCUAAAUCUACGGGACUCUUCGCUGCUGUGGUCGGAGCGUUGGGUCUCGCUGCUCUCUUCGCCUAG